AUGAGAUCAGAAACAGUGGGGCAGGAGAUGGAGUUUGAGCAGCAGAACACGACCACAACCUGCCCCAUGGCCUCUCUGUGGGUCCCGGAGGAGCAGUUGCAGUGCUCCAUCUGCCUGGAGCUCUUCUCAGACCCGGUCACGACCCCAUGUGGACACAGCUUCUGCAGACUGUGCCUCAGCCGCCACUGGGACCAGAGCCUCCAGUGUCUCUGUCCGCUCUGCAACCAGGACUGUCGCUCCAGACCCCCGCUCCACCUCAACGUGGUCCUGUCCCACAUGGUCUCCCAGUGCCGCGGGGGGGACCACAGGGAGAGGGAGGAGGGGGGAGGGAAGGGGGAGGGUCCGGGCUGGGUCCCUCCCCCUUCCUUCACACCUGGAGUGAAGGGUGUGGGUCCAGGCUGGGUCCAGGCGGGAGGGACUGGACCGAGGGGGUUUGUCUACGAGCUGCCUCCAGGUGAGCUGGCUCCGGUCGGGCAGGGUCCGGUCAAGGGUCCGGUCCCGCCGCAGGUGCAGAACCCAGGGGCCACUCUGGGGAAGCUGCUCUUCGUCGUGGCCUUCAUCACAGCCCUCGUCAUCAUCAUCCACACCUGCAUCUCUCUCACCAGAUGA